CUCCCGCCGGCUCCAGGCGGUCCAUGGCGCGCCCCGCGCCUGGGUGGCGGCUGCGGCCGCUGGCGGCGCUCGCCCUGGUGCUGGCUCUGACUCCGGUGGCCACAGCCCGCGCUGGGCAGACGCCGCGCCCCGCAGAGCGCGGGCCCCCGGUGCGGCUCUUCACGGAGGAGGAGCUGGCCCGCUACAGCGGCGAGGAGGAGGAUCAGCCCAUCUACUUGGCGGUGAAGGGAGUGGUGUUUGAUGUCAGCUCUGGAAAGGAGUUUUAUGGGCGAGGAGCCUCCUACAAUGCCUUGACUGGGAAAGACUCCACCAGAGCAGUGGCCAAGAUGUCACUGGAUCCUGCGGACCUCACUCACGACACUACGGGUCUCACAGCCAAGGAACUGGAGGCCCUAGAUGACGUCUUCACCAGGGUGUACAAGGCCAAAUACCCCAUUGUUGGCUACACAGCGCGCCGCAUUCUCAACGAGGACGGCAGCCCCAACCUGGACUUCAAGCCUGAAGACCAGCCCCAUUUUGACAUAAAGGAUGAGUUCUGAUGUCUAGCUGCAAAGGGCUGUUCUAGGGUGAGGUGGGGGGGGCGGGGUUAAAUAUCCCAUGGAACAAGCCGGGGGAGCCUCUGGGACCCCUGCAUUUGAAUAAAGCUGAUCUUAUAUGGGAGACUACUUUGUAAUGUCCUUGGUCGGGGCUGUGCCUGCCUGAGUGUCCCUGCUUGCACAGCAUCCAUGGUGCUACUCCUAGCUGGAACUACAGGUCAGCAUUGCUAUCUGGGCGGUGGGGCUGUAAGGGACCUUCACUGCGUCUUCAUUCGGUUCUGUGCUCCCCAAGUUCCCUGCCACAACCAUGUGUACUUUGUAGUAAGGCUAAGAAUAAAUAAACACAUCAUUGCUGCAAAAGAA